UUCAUUAGUUAUUACCCUCAGGCUUACGUUAGAACCUCAAGGUUUGCACUUUUCUGAUACAUAAUAAUACUUUAAAAUCAAGUGUGCUCUAUCAGAGGGCAGUUUCAAUUUUAAGCAAAAUCCUUUGUUUGUGGCUGCUGUCACACUGCCCUUUGUGGUUCAACAUAACAGUUACAGAUUGGAUUGUCCAGCCAAAAUUUACUAUGGCUAAUGUUCAAUUGUUCACCAUUGAAACAGUGAAAAUAAUUUCCCUCUCAACGGUUUCAUAUUUUGUUUACAUCUACUUAUUAAAGCCUGUUUUGGAUUUUGUUUACUCCAUCAUUUAUUACCAUGGAUUUAAUUACUACCCAAAAAGUUUACUUCUUGGCCAUUUUAGACAAAUUAUGCCUAAUUUCCCGUUCACGGACAAUAUGGAAAAUGCCACAAGAAAUUUAUAUGAAGCCAUUGACAAAAAUAUUAAACACAAUCAAGACGGUUCUUUAUCAGUUUUCUGGCUUUCGGUGAUUCCAGUUGUUUUAAUUUCAGACCAUGAAGCAGUAAGGAUUGUUAAUAACAAGACAAAUUUGAAAAAACCAUAUUUAUAUAAAUUGAUUGACUUUGGGACGGGAUUGCUUACUUCUAAGCCUGAUAUCUGGAAGGUUAGACGAAAAUUGAUUGAACCAUUCUUUGCGACUAAAAAAUUGAAAGGUUUUGUUAAAGUAAUGAACGAAGAGGUUACAUCAUUUACCGAACAGUUGAAUGGUGAAAUUGGUAAACCUGUCAACUUGGAGAGUCAAAUACACUACAGUACUUUAAACAUCAUUUUAAAGGUUGUUACAAGUUUACCCUUAAAGGAUUCAUUCCUCGUCAAGAAAGCAGCAGUUGAGAUAAUUAAUGAAAAGACAGAGUAUGUGAUAAAACGAGGGGCAAAUCCGUUUUACUGGUUUGAUUGGAUUUUCAGAUUUUUUCAAUUUGGUCGAACUUAUUUUAAAAACAAAGAAGAUGGAGAAAAAUUACUCAGCUAUGCUUUGCACCGAAGGAAGCAACUUUCACUGUCAAAUGAACCAGAAGACCAGGAUUUAAUUCAUUUGCUUGAAUGUAAAGUAGAUGAGAAAGGAGUUUUUGAUGAGUUUAUCACCAUGAUUGGAGCUGGACAUGAUACAGUAGCAGUUGCUUUACGUUGGAUUUUAUUCAAUCUCGGCAACCAUUUGGAUAAACAAGAACGAGUUUAUCAGGAGCUUGUUGACCUUUUUCCCGAUGAUACACCAGUGGAUGAUUUGGAUAGGAUCAACCAAUGCCAAUAUCUUGAACAGUUCAUAAAAGAAUCUCUUCGUUUAAAUCCUUCUGUCCAUGGUACGGCAAAAGUUCUGGAAGAAGAUGUCACGAUAAGGGAUAAAAAACUUCUCAAAGGUUCAUACGUUUGGACUAUAAUUUCCUCCACUCACCGUGAUCCAAGUGUUUAUCCUGAUCCAGAUAAAUUUGACCCUGAAAGAUGGACCCCUGAAAAUGCGUCCAAAAUACCGCAAGGAGCUUUUAUACCUUUUGGUUAUGGACCAAGAAGCUGCAUUGGGAGCCGCUAUGCAAUGGCAAAGCUUAAAAUAUACACCAUUCAAAUUGUCCGCAAAUUUAGCCUAAAGUCAACUCGAAAGACUGAAAGUAUCCCGGUUAAGUUUGAAGUUACUUUGAAACCAGUUUUACCUCUGGAAAUAAUAUUGACACCAAGAAAUGGCAACAACAAUCAAAGUUAAAGGCAGACAAGCUAUUUUUCAUGAUUGCUCUGCACAAAUUUUAGAUGAUGAAUCUAUUUAAUUUAAUGUAUAAAAAAUUAAAAUAAUAUUGUUUGUACCUUGAAAAGAUCAAUAUUAGAUCAAUAUUUAUGAUUGUUACUCUAAAAAUAGACUUUAAUCUGAAAAAAUAUACACAAACAACUAAGUAAUUCUGAAGCUUUUUUAAUCAACUUGUCAACAUUUUGAAUCUAAUACUUCCUAGAAACAUUCUGUAUCUUUGUUUACACUUGAGUUUAACACAGAUUGAAAGGUUCAAUCAGACUUUGAGCUAAUCCUUCAUCUUAUGAAUGAUACAACACCUAAUAGACUGAACCUUGAUCAUGUGCAAUUUAACCAAGAACAAGUUGAUUCAUUCAUUUUCAAGUAAUAAUUGUUUAAUAAAAGUCGCUAAUUUAUAAAUGGAAA